GCACCAGCUGCACGGACUCGACAUCUCCUCCUCCUCUCCGUCCACCUCCACGGCUCCUCAGAGAGUGUCCAGCAGAGAUGUCGGGGACCCUGUAGGACUCCAGGGCGCUGUAAUCCUGCAGGAGAGCUGCUGUGAGAUCUGGAUGUGAAGGUCGAGCACCACGGUCAUGAUCGACUGGCCCAAUGUGACAGCGUCCGGCGACCAGGAGCUGGGCCAGGAACCCGAGGAGCUACAGAAGUCCAAAUGUGUCCUGGGCUUCAUUCCUGUCAUCUACUACAGCGUUCUGCUCUGUGUGGGAGUACCAGUGAACAUCCUGACGGCGGUGGCAUUAUCCAGACUGGCGUGCCGGACUAAGAAAACUCUGUAUUACUACCUCCUGGCGGUGACGGGCUCAGAUAUUCUCUCUCAGCUCUUCAUCAUCUUUGUUGGCUUCCUGCUGGAGACGGCGGUCUUUCACCGUGAGGUCCCUGCACUCCUGUUGCACUCCGUCAGCGCUGCAGAGUUUGCCGCCAACCACGCCUCCAUCUGGUCCACAGUGCCCCUUACCGUAGACCGCUAUGUGGCGCUGUGCCACCCCCUCCUCCACCGCCAGAUCAGCUACCCGGCCCGGGCCAGGAAGAUCAUCGGGGUGGUGCUGAUGUUGUCGUUCGCGUCUGGCGUGCCGUUCUUCUGGUGGUCGGACAUGUGGAGAAACAGCCACCCGCCCACGGCGCUGGACACCGUACUCAUAUGGACACACGUGACCAUCAUCUACUUCCUGCCGUGCAGCAUCUUCCUGGUGCUGAACUCUCUGAUCAUCCACACGCUCAGGGUGAGGCAGAGGCAGCAGCGCUGUGAGGAGGAGAGCGGGCCGAAGUCUGCGCCUCCUCGAAGACUUGGUAAAACGACCGCCAUGCUGCUGGCCAUCACCUCUGUGUUCUCGGUGCUCUGGGCGCCGAGGACAGUCGUGGUCAUUUACCACCUGUAUGUGUCAUCCGUGCACAGAGACUGGCAAGUCCACCUGGCCUACGACCUGUCCAACAUGCUGGCCAUGCUCAACACGGCCGUGAACUUCUUCCUUUACUGCUUCGUCAGCAAGCCGUUUCGAGGCGCCGUGCGGGACGUGGUGCUGCUGCGGGGCGGUCCGCUGUAUGCACGCCGCACUCUGCCUCCACAGCACACCCCCACCAAUGCCUCCAUCUCCUCUCUGUACAGCGGGAACAACAAGCGCUCACAGCGGGACUCCACCCCCUUAUCACCUCACAGGGCCAGAAAGCCCUCUUGACCCCGGGCCCCCUCCUUUUAAUCAAAAACACCCGCCAUCCCACGGUCCCCGAGCACUUCUGACCCCAGGGACGCACAACUGUGGCCAUCUGCCAGUCGGCCCCGGGGCCUUCUCAUGAGGCCUGAAAUGAACUUGAAAGACAUUUUUAAUGCUGGUGGUAUUUGUUCGUGUAAAUCAGAUGAGAUGACAGCUUAUUUAUUUUUGUUAGAUUUGUACAAAGAAAGGAGGUUUUCAUGUUUUUUCUUCUCCAUACAUGGCUCUGAUGUCAGGAAAUAAUUUUAAUAGUUGAAGAACAGAGAUUUAUUCAGUAGUCAGAGCAAAGUCAGAUCUUUUUGGCAUGCUGCUCUCCUAAACAGAGAGUAAAUAUUGGAUUUGGAUUUAUGCAGAGUGAAAUAAUGUCCCUAAAUUAAAACUAAUGCUGCUUUAU